GGCGGGGCUUUACAGUCACUAUAAGAGCGGAGAAGGUCGGGGCGGGUGGAAGGAGAAUCUCCUGUGGAUCUGCUGCGACCCUCCCGCUGCUCCUCCUGCCCUGAUCUGUUACCUCCUCCUCCACCUUCUCCUCCACCUCCUCCUCCUCCUCCACCACCAGCACCAUGGACAGCUCCUGCGCCCUCCGCGGACUGCUGCUCCUCGGCCUCGUGUCCGUCAUGUGUCACGGCCAAGCGUCACAGGAAGACUCCGCAGAGGACUUUGGAGACGAGAAAGCAGAGCCAGCGGCGGACAGAGACCUGAUGGAGGCUCUGGAGGCUGUGCUGGGCAGGAUGCACAGUCGGGUUUAUUCCCCGGAGAAAAGAGGGAGCAUCCCACUGUGUGGGAUGGGUGACCGGUGCGCCAUGAAGUUCGGGCCCCGCAUCGGGAAACUCUGCGACUGCGGACGAGGAGCCAACUGCAACUCCUACUUGCUCAAGUGCAUCUGAGCCACUGAGGACUGUUACGCGCUGGUUUCACUGCUGCAGGGAGACAAACAUCCUCGGGCGGUCGCAGCGUCCACGAAGCCACCGCGUCUACGUUAUCGUCCGUGUCUAAGAUCAUCAUUUAUAUUCUUUGUGUUGCAGAUGUUGUUGUUUGGGCGGUCGUUGUCUGAAGAUGAGCAUGAAUUCUCUGUUGCUGACAGUUUAUGUUCCAUGUUGCAUGGAAACGCUUCAAUAAACGAUUGUGUCGCUGUG